AUGGAUAAGAGCGGGAAAAUACUUCGGAAGAUGUUAGACAAGUUCAGGCAAACACAUAAUGAAGAACCAUGUCUCGUAUUCCCCGAGGAAGAGUGUACAAUCGAAGCUCCCCCGCUUAAACGACGUCGGGAGUCUCUCGAAGGUGCCCGCUGCGAAAACCAAGAGAAUUCUGUCACGGACCUGAACGCCAUCCGCGCGGCGGAUCUACCACGGAUGGUGGCUCUCGCCACCAGAACUUCAUCCGAACUUAUAGUCGCAACAGGACCUGAGAGCAAACCAGUGAAGGAGGCGUCGACCACGUCCGAAGACUCGGGACGUGGGUCGACCGAGUCACUUGUAGCCGAAUUAGAGGGUCCUCAUCCGGACUGUACGCUCCCGUACGUACCGGGGGAUCUGCUCUGGGUCAAGAUGGGAAAACAUCCUUUCUGGCCUUGCAUGAUUGUCAGCGACGAGAACGGAGAAUAUUUUCGCCAAAAAUCGAAAUACAUAGUUUUCCACGUACGUUUCUUCGGAAACACCGAUACUUUCGGCUGGACGGAUGGACCCAAGAGAGUUUUGGAGUUCGCCGGUAGAGACAAGUACCUCGAGACGGUGGAAGCCGCUUUGAGACUUCAAACCAGCAAGAUCCGGAAAGAACUGGCGAAAUUCUACAGCAUAAAUCUCGCUGGAAGAGAAAGCCUGGAGAAGAAUUGGGUUGCCGCUUUGUCCAAGGCAGACAACGCUUUACAUUUCUCGCCCUCGCAGCGUUUGCAGCGCUUUCACCCUUCUCAGUCUAAGGCGGAAUCGACGAGAAUAACCAGACAACGUGGCGGGCUUAAUACUGAGACCACGGUCGGCAAGGAUUCGAAGGAGAGAAAAUUUAUUACCAAGCAGACCAGGGAAAAACCCACGCGAGAUGCAUCCUCAGCAACCAAGAGAUCGGUUUCUCCCGCUUCGGAGUCGAACAGCGGACGAGCAUCUAGUCAGGUGUCGAAGAAGAAGAAAGUCCCGAAAACUCUGAAGAAACGACCGAUAUCGAGGAAAGUGGAGCACGGAAAGCUGUCCGAAGCCGUCUGCUCGACUUGCUUGGUCGGCGGUACGUCCGAAACUCUAAAAUCAUGUAAAUGCGGGAAUUCGUUCCACGCCGAAUGCCUCAAUCAGCCUGCAGGUCCGGGCGAUGACGGUCACGCGGUGUUUUGUGAACAGUGCCGAUCGACUCUAUGUGCGAUUUGUGAACGGGAAAUCGAAGACUGCGUCGCGAUACCCGCGACAUGUUGUCGAAGGCGUUAUCACAUGUCCUGCAUACGAGACAUGGCUUUGCGCUGCAAAUUUUCUCCAGACCGGCAGUCAAUCCAGGAGUGUCCGAGACACGUAUGCUUGUACUGCAAGGGUCGAGGGAACCUGAUCCACUGCGUCAAAUGUCCCGUCACUUAUCAUAAAGAGAAGAUCUGCGUUGCGGCGUCAUCGCAAUUCCUCACGCCCAAUCAAAUCCUGUGCCUGAGGCACGCUCCGCCACCCCAGAAGAAGACGAACAAUCUGAACUAUUGUUUUGUGUGCCGCGAGUCGGGAUCCCUCAUCUGCUGCGACAUCUGUCCCGCGGUGGUUCAUGCGGCAUGCGCCAGCGAAGACGUGGGGAAAUUGGAGCGGCGCAAAACCUGGUUCUGUCCAGACUGCGUCGAAGGGCGCUUUCCGGUGUUUGGACAGGUCUGUUGGGGGAAGAUCGGCACACAUCCGUGGUGGCCCGUGAAAAUCCUCCAUCCUAGCGAGAUGCCCGAGAACUGCUUGAACGCACCCCACAAAGCUGCAGAUCUAGCCGUUUACUUCUUCGGCUGUCCAGAUUCGCAAUCAUACGGAUGGCUCGCACCUUCCAAAGUGUUCCCAUACACCCUCGAGGACAACGGAGCUCAUACGACAAUCAAAGCCAAUCAGAAACGACAAUAUUUCGCAAAAGCUCUCGACGACGCCAAAGCGGCGUACAAAGAGUUCCAGUUGAAUCUUCAGGCCGUCCACUCCAAGAAGAAGCCGCCGAAGUUCCGUAAAAUCUCCUCCAAUAAGAUGGUGAGCGCGAGUUGUCGCAAGAGACGACUGCAUGACGUCGAUCCCUGCUCUUGCAAGGUAUCGUCGCCUUGCGUAGACUUCACUUGCACGAACCGAGCGGUCUACGUCGAAUGUUCGGACGACUGUGCUCAGCGGGAGAAAUGCAAGAACCGCAGGUUCCAAGAACGUGCUUACAGAGCUACGAAAGUCUUCCUGACCCCGGACGGUCGAGGCUGGGGUCUCCAGGCGGUGGAGGAUUUGAAGAAAGACGACUUUGUCAUAGAGUACAUCGGAGAGAUUAUAGACUCGAAAGAGUGUGACCGUAGACUCAGUCAACUCCAUGCGAUCGGUGACCCGAACGUCUACUUUUUGGAAGCGGACGCGAACUAUAUCAUCGACGCUGGACCAGCCGGCAACGAAGCGCGCUUCAUCAACCACUCGUGUAACCCGAAUCUCCGUACAGAAAAGUGGACAGUCAACGAUAAGUUGUGCGUUGGCUUGUUCGCCAAGCGGAACAUUGCAGCCGGUGAGGAGCUCACUUUCAAUUACAACAUGCAAUGCCGGGACGUCAACGAGAAUAUUUGUUUGUGCAACGCAUCCAAUUGUGUGGGUACGCUUGGCAUCAGUCGGAAGCAGUCAAAAUCGCCCACACCUUGAGUCUCCCGAGUCGGGAGGUGACUGAUCUCAUAGCCGUUCGGUAUUUCCAUCUUUCGUCUCAUAAUAAUAAAUUAAGUCAAUUUCAUAAUU